CAUGACGUCACUGGGCUUUAACUUCCGGGUGGAGUAACGUUGACGCAAUCCGCUGUAAGCUGAUGAGAGAAGCGGCGUCUUUUUUAAUUUCUCUCUCCUCAGACGUUUUGAUGAGACGGAGCAGGUUUUGUAUGCGCUGAGCUCAUCGAGGUGAAUGCAGAAUGGCCAGCGCAGCAGCCAGCGAGAGUUCAGCUUCAUCCGCAGCGAACGGACAGACGGCCGGAGAGAGCAGUAACAGCGGCGGCGGCGGAGCUCAAGACAGCACGUUUGAGUGCAACAUCUGUCUGGAUACGUCCAAAGACGCCGUCAUCAGUCUGUGUGGACAUCUCUUCUGCUGGCCGUGUUUGCAUCAGUGGCUGGAAACCAGGCCGAACAGACAGGUGUGUCCCGUUUGUAAGGCCGGCAUCAGUCGAGAUAAAGUGAUCCCGCUGUACGGCAGAGGCAGCACCGGACAACAGGACCCCAGAGAGAGGACUCCUCCGCGACCGCAAGGACAGCGGCCAGAACCAGAGAACCGUGGCGGGUUUCAGGGCUUCGGCUUCGGCGAUGGAGGCUUCCAGAUGUCUUUCGGUAUCGGGGCUUUUCCUUUCGGGAUCUUCGCUACAGCGUUUAAUAUCAAUGACGGACGACCGCCUCCAGCAGCUCCAGGAACCCCUCAGCACGCGGAUGAGCAGUUUCUGUCUCGCCUCUUUCUGUUCGUGGCGCUCCUCAUCAUGUUCUGGCUGCUGAUUGCUUAAACGCUGAAGAACUGUGUGAUCGUGUCGCAGGACUAACGGCUGAUUAACCCUACAGUAGUGCAGGAUGCAAACAGCUCUUUUUCUGUGAAAGAGAUGCAGCGCUUGCGUUGUGAGGGAUCCUGUGACAUGCAUAAUGUUCGGUUUCUUCCCAGAAAUGAUUUUAAAUAAAUCCCAGUCUUAUUUCUCUAUUAUUGAUGCCAAAUGAAGCCACUCACUGUAGUAAAGCUAGUAAAACUCGUAUAAAAAUCAUACGAAUGCAUAAACGUACUUCCUAACAGUAAUCAGCGUUUAAUUUUAGCUUGUUUUAAUUCAUAUUUUUGUUUUUAAAUAACUUUGGCUGAAGUAGAGCAUCUGUUCUUUUAAUAAUCAAAAUAAAGUUGUUGUUUUUU